AUGCUAAUAAGACCCCACAUCCUGCACUCUGCAGCAAUGUCACAAGGUGCUCCAUCCACCUCUGCACCUCUGCAGCAGUCAUCACUCUUCUGUCACCUCUCCAUCUUGUAUAUACCUUCACGUGCGCCUCAUCCCUGCUAAGAAUGAAAGGAAGUAACUCCACACCAAAAUUGCAGCCCUAGCAAGACUUUUUUCGGCACAAAGUUUUCAAGUACAGCCAGAAAAGGCGUGAUUGCUGCAGCUGCAAUCUUGGAAAUUCAGGCCUCGAUAGUGCAUGCACAUUGCAAAAACAGCUGAUCACGCUUAACGCGAUGGGAGUCUCCGUAGCCUCACCGGUUUUGAGCAAUGAGGUUCUUGGACAUCACGACGCGGAUCUGCUGAAGACGAAGCUAGUUUCCAACGGCGGCUUCCAACCCCCCAAGCUGCUGCAGGAAGAAAUGGCACCGUCUUCGAUCAUAAAGAGCCUGACCGUUGUGGACACGGACGAAUUCGACGACGAUUCGACAUCCGAGGACGAGAAGGUGAUGGAAUAUGUGAAGGAAAUCCCGAUUACCGACGUCGAUGAGCGAGACAAGGGCACCUCGGACGACUGGAUUCCGCGCCACCCCGAGCUGGUCCGCCUCACCGGCCGACACCCCUUCAACUGCGAGCCACCGCUGUCCACCUUGAUGGAGGCCGGAUUCCUGACGCCGACGUCCCUGCACUACGUUCGAAACCACGGGGCAGUGCCGCGGGCGUCGUGGGACGACUGGAAAGUAGACGUCUCGGGAUUGGUGAAGCGGCCCAUGUCGUUGACGAUGAACGACAUUCUGCGGUUCCGCGCGCGGGAGUUGCCGGUGACGCUGGUGUGCGCCGGCAACCGGCGGAAGGAGGAGAACAUGGUGAAGCAGUCCAUCGGGUUCAACUGGGGCGCUGCGGCCGUGAGCACGUCCAUAUGGCGCGGAGUGCUGUUGUGCGACGUUCUGCGGCAUUGCGGAGUGGUGUCCAGGAAGAAGGGCGCUCUGUAUGUCUGCUUCGAGGGAGCCGAAAUCCUGCCAGGUGGCGGGGGCUCGACGUACGGCACGAGCAUCACCAUCGAAACGGCGAUGGACGAAGCCCAGGACGUGAUGCUGGCAUACCAGCAGAACGGGCAGUAUUUGGAACCCGACCACGGUUUCCCCAUCCGGCUGAUCAUUCCGGGCUACAUCGGUGGCCGCAUGGUGAAGUGGCUGAACAAGAUCGAGGUGACGUCGCGAGAGUCGGGGAACUACUACCACUUUCACGACAACCGAGUGCUACCGUCCCAUGUGGAUGCUGAGACAGCCAAAGCCGAAGGUUGGUGGUACCGGCCCGACUACAUCAUCAACCAGUUGAACAUCAACUCCGCGAUCAGCUCGCCGGCGCAUGGAGAGACGCUUCCCGUGAAUUUCUCGUCGCUUCAGGAGCCUUACAUCGUGAAGGGAUACGCCUACAGCGGGGGCGGUCGGAAAGUGACGAGGGUGGAGGUGUCGCUGGACGAUGGGAAGUCGUGGACUCUGUGCGACGUGAAGCAUCCGGAAGAGCCGACGAGAUAUGGGAAGUAUUGGUGUUGGUGCUUCUGGCAGAUCGGCGUGGACGUGAUGGAUCUGCUGAAAUGCAAGGAGAUCGUGGUGCGUGCGUGGGACGCUGGCAUGAACACCCAACCUCAGCAUCUGAUAUGGAACGUCAUGGGAAUGAUGAACAACUGCUGGUUCCGGGUGAAGGUCGGGAUAUCCAAGUUCGAGGACAGCGGCAUCCACCUGGCAUUCGAGCACCCGACUCGGCCGGGCAACCAGGUCGGGGGCUGGAUGACGAAGUCGGAAGUGCCGCAAGCAGCGGCGCCUGUGUUGAGUAAGGUUGUGGAAACGAAGGUCACCCAACUUCCGGUGGCCGUUCGUCAGAUACCGGUGUCGGAAGUGCGGAAACACCAGACUGAGGAGUCGUGCUGGAUCAUCGUGCGCAACAAAGUGUACGAUUGCACGCCGUUUCUGAACGACCAUCCGGGCGGCGCGGACAGCAUCCUGAUCAACGGAGGCAUGGAUUCGACGGAGGAGUUCGACGCCAUUCACUCCGCCAAAGCCCAGACCAUGUUGGAGGAGUACUACAUUGGAGACCUGUCGGCGUCGACGGCUGAGGUGGUGGAUGUGGCGCCCAAGACAGAAGCGGAGGCGAUUCCAACAGCGUUGUCUGCAUCAGGAAGGCCGGUUGCUCUGAGCCUCAAGGAACGGAUCGCCUUCCGCCUGAUCGAGAGGGAGGUUCUGAGUCACGACGUUCGGAGGCUGAGAUUCGCACUCCAGAGCGAGAAUCACGUGCUGGGACUGCCGGUGGGCAAGCACGUCCUCCUGAGCGCAUCCAUCAACGGGAAGCUGUGCAUGAGGGCUUACACUCCCACCAGCAACGACGACGAUGUGGGGUACCUGGAGCUGGUGAUAAAGGUGUACUUCAAGGACGUGCACCCCAAGUUUCCGAUGGGAGGCAUGUUCUCUCAGCACCUGGACACGCUGAGAGUCGGCGACACGAUCGAAGCGAAGGGUCCCGUGGGGCACAUCGUGUACGAGGGCAAAGGGCAGUUCCUCAUCAACGGCAAGCCGAAGUUUGUGAGGCGGGUGGCGAUGCUGGCGGGGGGGACGGGCAUCACGCCCAUGUACCAAGUGAUCAGGGCGAUCGUGAGCGACCCCGAGGACAAAACGCAAGUGUGGCUGCUAUACUCGAACCGCACAGAGGAGGAUAUCAUGUUGAGGAAGGAGCUGGACGCAUGGCAGGAGAAGCACAACAACCUGGUGGUUCGGUACACACUGACAGGAACCGCGUCGGAGGGCUGGAGGUUCAGCAAGGGCCGGAUAAGUGAAGCCAUGGUGAAGGAGCACAUUCCAGAAGGGGGCGAGGAGUCGCUAGCGUUGUUGUGCGGGCCACAGGAGUUGAUUCAGGAGGCUUGUAUUCCAUGCCUUUUGAAGCACAAGUACGAGAAGUCGGCAUGCCUAGAGUUUUAGGUGGCGAAGGGAUGGGGAGGGGACGCACCCUAAGGACGAGGUGAGGCGGGGAUGUGCAGGUGGAGUUUGUAGCAUGGUGCAACCAGCGAGUUUGUAGACUGUAGAAAUGAGUGGCGAAGGGUGACGAUAUGCGGUGUGGACGCAUUUGGCGGUGGAAAAUUUUAGCCGUGUAUAUUAUCGAUGUUGGUGGGUAUCAUAGUUGAUGUUUCAAUUCAAUGACCAUUAUCGGUGUAAGUUGCACUGGGAAUGAUCAUGGUAUAGAGAUGGCUGCAUUUGCAAAUCUCUACUAUUUAUAGGCAGGGGAUGUUGUGCACUAGUUAGCGCGUCAUUUAGGACUUGGAUCUUGUAUAGUUUACAAGGUUCGUCGUGGAAGCACCGAGAAAAUUUCGGUCUAACGUUAGGGAUUCCUUUUGGAAGUGUCAGCAGAAUUUAGGUGUUACCUUCUGAUUGAUUUUCUAGCGCCAUGUGCGAAGCCUAAUUUGAUCGAUUUGUGACUUAGUCUCAUUUAUGAGAUUAUUAUUUUUUGUAUCAAGCUGUGUUUAUUCCUUGC